AACCAGACAUGAGAUUUUCAUGACACGCUGUUGUCUGCAUUUCACGUAAGAAGUCGGAAGGUUUUUUAAAAGUGUAUUCCGAUUCGUUUUAACAAAAGCUGGACCACCAGAGUUUUGGUUGUUACCGUUCAAAGAGCCUCAGACAACAGUUUCCUGCUCUUAACUGCUAAAGUGGACUGAUCCAACUCUGUCAGGAACCUUUGAGAGCAAAAUUCUCAAGCACUUCUGAGAGGAGUCGAAUAGAUAAAAUACCUUGGGUGGCUUGACCUUAUCAUGGAACCUGAUGACUUUGAUUCUGAAGACAAAGACAUGCUAAGCUGGGAUAUUAAUGAUGUGAAACUGCCACAGAACGUGAAAAAGACGGACGUGUUCCAGGAGUGGCCAGACUCCUACGCCAAGCACAUCUACAGCUGCGAGGACAAGAACGCGCAGCGGCACCUGAGCAGCUGGGCCAUGCGCAACACCAACAACCACAACUCCCGCAUCCUCAAGAAGUCCUGCCUGGGCGUGGUGGUGUGCGGCCACGACUGCUCUGUGGAGGAGGGGCGCAAGAUCUACCUGCGGCCCGCCAUCUGUGACAAAGCCCGGCAGAAGCAGCAGCGGAAGUGCUGUCCCCACUGCGACGGACCUCUGAAGCUGAUUCCUUGCCGAGGCCACGGCGGCUUCCCGGUCACCAACUUCUGGAGGCACGACGGGCGCUUUAUCUUUUUCCAGUCAAAGGGAGAACACGAUCAUCCAAAACCAGAAACCAAGCUGGAAGCUGAGGCCAGAAGAGCCAUGAAGAAAGCUCACUCGGCGCCUUCCUCCAUCUCCCUGCACCUGAAGGGGAGCCCAGGGGCAAAGUCUCUUCCAGGUGAGACACAAAGCCAAGGGAGUUUACCUUUAACUUGGCCUUUCCAGGAAGGCCUCCAACUACCUAGCAGUUACAGUGGACACUUAAUGGCUAACGCUCCCCAGCCUAAGUCCCUAAAUGACGGCUUAUCCCUCUCCAAGAGUUACGGUUUGGGAGGAACCACCUAUCUGGCCGACCAGACUUCUACCUUGGACCCCGCUAAGCUCUACGAGAAAUCCAAAUUGCCCAGUGGCAAGACCUACGGCAGUGGAGACCCGUUCCAGCCUUCUGCCUCCGGAGUCUACGCAGAAUACAACGAUCUGCAAACCUGGAAUAAAAAUGCUGCUUUGGGGAAAAAUUCUCUCAGUGAAAACUGCUAUCCCAAUUACCCUUUUCCUCUGACCAGCUGGGCUUGCAACUUCUCUCCUUCCCAGAACGCUUCAGAACCCUUUUUCCAGCAGAUUCCAUUGGAACCGCCUACAACCAAAACCGGCUGUCACCCACUGUGGCCAGGUCCAGGGGGUAGUCUUUACGAAGAGAAGGCACACGUGGAUUUUAACAGCUACAUGCAGUCCUCCAUGUACCCCUCGCCUCAGGAAGACCCCUUCCUCCUCACCUACGGCUCUCAUCCUCACCAGCAAUAUUCCCUGCCAGGCAAGAUCAGCAAAUGGGAUUUUGAUGAAGAUGUGACACCCGUGGGUGUGGAUCACUGCAACAACGAAAUGUUUCUAAACCUCUGUCCCUUAAGAUGACCCAAAUCUUUCACAACUCCCCCCUCUGGGGGGAAAAAAAAAAAAAAGCUGUUUGGUGAAACGACUGGAAGGAAUUUCCUUAGGAAACAAUUUUCUUUCUUUUUCUUUUUGUUUUUUUUUGUUUUUUUACCAUUUUGUGUACAUAUCUGUUUCAAAAUCAGUGAAUUUCUAGGCCAGGUUCAGGUAAUUGAAGGACCUUUGUAAGUGGCUUCUAUUGUCUACAGAUCCAAGGUAUGCUGCAAACACAGUCUGGAGCAAGAUGGGAAAUAACAUCUUUCUAAAGACAGGCUUAGAAAUUUCUAAUCCAAUAAGGUGUUUCUUUUCUCUUGUGGCAGAGUUGAUUCAUACCUGGCUGCGAGGCCACCAUUCACAGGUAUAGCCAAGAAAGCAGGGUACAGACCACCAAAAACAAGACCCACCAGUCUACCCCGUGUUAUGGGGCAGGUUUCACACUUCAGACCACCUGUAUUCACAGGUAAACUUAACAACACUUUUGUAAGCUACAUGUGCUGUCAAACAUGGGGUCACUGCCAUUGGCAAGCCAGCAGCAAUGCGAGCCCGUGUCACAUUCAAGACGUGUUGAAAAGACUGUUUGCUAUUAGGCCACAGAGAGCAGCAUAAAGUCCGAUAUAGGUCGAUCCAUGUUUCAAGUAAAUUCCUUUCUGAUUCUGGAGGCGGGUUCAUUUUUCUGGUUGUGAUAUUGAAAGUGCUUGAGUUUUCCUUGAUAGAGUCAUCUGGUUUAUGAUUUUCCAUCUUGAGCCUCAUGCUGUCCUUCUCCCAGGAGCCGUUGCCUUCCCCAGUCUUCCUCAGCCACGCCGGGGGUCAUUGCCACCUUGGCUCAACUCGCCUGGGCGCGGCAGUCUUUGCAGGAACUAUUUUCAAAACUCGAAACAUAGCCACAGAUACAUGGGAAUCAUGACAAGCAGUAGGCAAGGCUCCUUUCUGCACACAAGUGAGCUUUCAGCUUCUCUUCCCCUCCGGUCCUUCCAUCCUUAGCAAGGAAGGGAAACUUGUCCUAUCCGUGCUGUGAAACUCGCUCUCUGCUUUUCCCACACGCUGCUGUUUGGGGCUCUCGGCACCUCAGCUGCACGAUCUCUUGGGUUUUCAGUCGUUGAGGCAUUUUGCACAGAGCAGAGAUGUGAGCAGGCCACCUCCCUAGGAGCUCACCUGUGCCUUCCCGAGAACUGAGAAGGAACAGAGAUAGAGGCUAAAAGAACCGCAGAGGUGUGGAAAGCUGAAGA